ACAGCAGUUUCCUAGUCCCAGCGGGAAUUGUCACAAACGUGCAGCGGCAAAAAGGAAGGGAUCGGAAUGGUUUGUGUGGUUAGAGAAAACUGAUGACAGUGACAGUGAAGUGAUGUCUCAUAAUACUUGUGAUGAUAUUGAAUUUGAAAAGGAAUUGCUCUCUUGGCUGUUAGUUGGAAAUAUAUUUGCCUGUUUUUAAGACAAUUCUCAUUCUUUGAAGUUAAUCAUUUUCUUCAAAAGUUUCUUUGAAAAUAAUAAUGUCAACUUCUAAUGCAAUGCGACAAUUAGAAGAGAGACAUGUCGCCACAAAAGUGGAACUUCUGGUGUGGUCCAAUAAAAUGGAUUUGUUGGCCCUUUCAAAUGUUAGAGGUGAAGUGGCACUGCAUCGUUUAACUUGGCAGAAAGUUUGGUCACUACCUCCACCUACAGAAGGUUCAACAGUAAAAGGAAUGGCAUGGAGACCAGAUGGAAAAGUUAUUGCAAUUGCUUAUAGCACGUGUGAAAUCCUUUUGGUCGAUGUGGAAAAUAAAGAGACCCUUCACAGUGCCAUGGUGGAUGGUGAAGUUACAUUUGUCACAUGGGCUCAAGAGAAAGAUCACAAUGAUAGUAAAAAUAUAUUGCUGCCUAAACAGAAAGAUGUCCCAAAAUAUAGCACUAGUGAUACUUCAAGCAACUUCUUGCCAAAGCUUCCUUCUUUAUCUCGAAGUUUUGGAUCUGUGAACAAAUGUCUUGAGGAAAAUUUGGAGGAUGCAAAGAAAAUUAAAGAACAAAAUCUUUUGAACAUUCUUAUUGUUGGUUUACUCAAUGGGAAAUUGUACUUAAGUAUAUUUGGUUUAUUUCCUUGUGGAGUGAUUGAUUUGCAUGACUAUAUUAUAUGCAAAAAUUGCAAAGUUGUUGAUGCAGAUGUUUCAGAAGAUCUUAAUAUUUUGUAUAUAGGUGUUCUUCAACAAAAAGAAAAUGAUGGGCCAUGUGAAUUGAGUUUAGUCCUUUUGGAUACCAAUAUUUUAUCUUGUCAAGCAGCUGAACUACAUUCUUUAGCUUUGAAGCAUGGUCAUAUUGCAAGUCUUUUAGGAUACCUCUCUCAAACAAUGAACUCUAUAACUGAGGCAUGGGAAAAUAUAUUAGUAGAAAUGGAUUCAAAAUUAGCCACAUAUGCAUCAACAGUUCCUGAUGGCUCAGUGUCUGCUGACUUUCUUGAUUUGCUUAUGUUUGGAACAGCAUCUGAUGAAAUGGAGAUGUUCCUAUUACAAGAUUUAACAGAAAAGGGGCUUAAAAAGUUGGGGCAUUCAAUUGAGCUCAGCUAUUCUAAUAUUCAGAAGCUAGUGCUUAAACAUCUUCAUUCUGUAGGACAAAGUUUAGUCUAUCAUCUUGCAGAGCUUCGUGGGAUGGCACGACGUGCUGACAGAUAUGAAAUUCUGGGUUUGUCUGAAGAUGGUGUUGCAAGCUCUCUUGCAGCUGCUGGAGCAUUUUUAGUAAAAGGUGCUGAAGUGCAACAAGUAAUUGACAAUUCAAUGAAGAACUAUAAAAUAUUUUUUCGUUGGCUGUAUGUUGCAAUUUUAAGGCUGUCUGAUGAGCGUGUUCCUCCUGAAAUUACAAAAAUUUCCCAACAAGAACUUUCAUUUUUAGCAGAAUUUUUAUAUAAUUUUGAUGGAAGCGAUUGUAUUUCAGAAAGUGGAAGUGGUGGAGGUACAACUAUCAGAAAGAAGCGUUUCAACUUGGAAAGACUUGGACAGUACCUUGUUGACCAAAAUCUUACCAUCCUUCCGAACAGUGAGCACAAUCUCUGGGCUAAAUUCUUGGAAGAAAAUGAAUGUGUUGCUAAACAUGCAACUGUUAUUCCUCAUUUUGAACAGAUGUCGUUGGUUCAACAGUACAACUAUUUGAAAACGUCUGUAAAUGAGAUAUUUAAAAAACCUGAAGUCUGUAUUGCAAAGAUGUUUAAAGUUUCUAAUGUUAUAACCUGUGGUAAAAUACUUGAACCAGAUUCUCUUCGUAUUACACAUGUAAAUAAAUCUAAGGAACAUAAAAUAUUAGUUGCUCUAGUAGAUCCUAGCUCUUCAUUCAAAGGAUUUUUCUUUACUGAAAUUAAUACCAAUAAAUCUUUAGAAUCACAGGGAACAAGGCCACGGUGUGUUUAUUUAAAUUUUAGUCCUGUAUCUCGAGUGUCAGAUGAAGUAGUAUCAAAUGAUUUCCGUUCUUUGGAUGUGCAGUUUUAUCUUCCAGAAGUGUUGUCAGUGCUUCUGCAGCAGGAAAAUGAAGGAAAGAGUGCUGUGUUUGUGCAAUUUCCUGUUCGGGCAGCUCUUGAAGCUGCUAGACCAUGUGCAGAUUUUUCUUCUGCUCCACGUAUUGAUGCAACUGCAUUAGUCGAUUUAUCAGCAUUGCGACCUGUGGAGAAUCUUGUAGCGUCUAGAUUUGCAGUGAGUGGUUCCAGAAAAGUAGCUGUAAUUUUAUCAGAAAGCCGACGGAAGGUUCGUUUGUUUGAAAUGGAAGUGGAAGAGGAGGAGGAAGAAGAAGAAGUUAUGGAAGCUACAGCAAGCAGCAUAAGGGAUAGUGAUACAAGUGUUUUGGAUGGGAGCAAGGAAGAAGAUAUUGAACAAGGUCAAGAAGAAGAUUCUGCUCUCGGGUAGAUGAAAGAAAUGAAGCUGUUUCAGUUUUCCGUGUUUUAGAUACAUUUUUAUUGCUAUAUUUAUAUUAAAGAAAGUUAUUGGACUGAAGAUAAUACAUACCUUUUAUUUUGAUAACCUGUUCUCUAGUACAUUUCAUUUUGCUUUCAAACACUUGCAUUCUCAUCUGUGUGACUUCUGAAAUGCAGUAAAGGAUAUUUUUCUUGAGCAUAAAAACCUGUUUCUUAAACAACUGGUAAUUAUUGAUAUGGAUGAGAUUGCAAACCUGUUUCGGAAAGCAGUUUAACAUUUUUCUAGGCAUAAUAUUUUGAGCAUUAAAUACUGUUGCCUCCAUCCCAAAAUUCCUAAAAAUUUCUAUUUUCCUUUUUGCACAAUUCAUUCCAUUAAUCUCUAAGACUUCUCUCGAGUCCUCAGUGCACUUGAAAGGUCAUGUAGGUUGAUACCAAUAUGCAUUUCUCUUAGCGUUUUUUAAUUCCCACCCCC